AUGAUGGCCAUGAACGGCAAACAACAUUUCUCUAUGCACCCGGCGCUGCAGGAGCCCAAAUACUCCAGCCUGCACUCAAGUUCGGAGGCUAUGCGCAGAGUUUGCCUACCAGCCCCACAGCUCCAGGGCAAUAUAUUCGGAGGCUUUGAUGAGAGCCUGCUGGCACGCGCGGAAGCUCUGGCGGCUGUUGACAUCGUCUCCCACGGCAAGAGCCAUCCUUACAAGCCAGACGUAACCUACCAUACCAUGAGCAGUGUCCCCUGCACCUCUACCACCUCCACAGUGCCCAUCUCUCACCCAUCUACGCUGACCUCUCAUCACCAUGUCCAUCAAAGUUUGGAAGGGGAUCUCUUGGACCACAUUUCAUCAAGUUUGACAGUAAGCGGGAUGGGGGCGCCGGAUCCGUCCGUGAUGACGGCGCAAGUGCACCAGCAUCACCUUCAGACCAUGGGUCAUCUUCACCAAGCCAUGGGCAUGGGCCACGCGCAUUCUCUGUCCUCGCAUAACGGGAUGACCUGCAUUAACGACGUGGAAUCUGACCCUAGAGAGCUGGAAGCCUUCGCCGAGCGCUUUAAACAAAGGAGAAUCAAGCUUGGAGUAACGCAGGCGGACGUGGGGUCUGCUCUUGCUAACCUGAAGAUACCUGGUGUUGGCUCUCUGAGCCAGAGCACCAUCUGUAGGUUCGAAUCCCUGACCUUGUCUCACAAUAACAUGAUCGCUCUCAAACCAGUCCUUCAAGCUUGGCUGGAAGAGGCAGAAGCGGCAUAUCGAGAGAAAAACAGCAAGCCAGACCUUUUUACCGGCAACGAAAGAAAGCGAAAACGUACCUCGAUAGCUGCGCCGGAGAAACGCUCUUUGGAGGCAUAUUUUGCGAUCCAACCCCGCCCGUCUUCGGAAAAAAUCGCUGCGAUCGCAGAAAAACUGGAUCUGAAAAAGAACGUGGUCCGUGUUUGGUUUUGUAAUCAAAGGCAAAAACAGAAGAGGAUGAAAUAUUCGGCGGUGCAUUAA